UCUUAAAAUGUUUUAACUUUAUUCUAAUAAAAUUGUGACUUUACUCUUUGAAAAUUACAUCGGAACUUAUGUUCUGCUUUGAUUUUCCAAUUCACUUUUUUGCAUGCUUUGACGUGUUGAAUUUACUUUUUUUCCCCUCCCAAUAUUCUGACUUUAUUGUCAUGGAAUUACAACUUUUUGUUAUAACGAUGUUAUUGUAUUAUGAUGCAGACGCACACACAGCAUCCGUCUCCAUCAUUACAACAAAUCAGGGUCAUCAUUUUCUAGAUACUUCAUACUAAUGAAGAAAAAAAUGACAUUGUUCCCCCCAUAAAUGCGGAAACGCAAACGGUGACUUCUCUUAAUGCCAUCCUUCCUCCUCCUCCCACCAACACGAUCACGUGUCCGCAUGUAAGUCGCACUUCUACGUACUGGAAGUCGGCCUCCUCCUUUUCCAAUCCGAAUAUGACUGCUUAAUGGCAACGUCGCCUCUGUGGAUGAGAAAAAAAUUCAACAUGAAAGACAUGAUUUGUAUCUCUGGAUCACCAUUUGGAUCUGCAGGACAACAAGCAGAAAGUGGGUCUUGUUACGUCAUCAGUCUGCAGUCGGUCAUGGGCAUUAUUGCCUCUGACUUCGUGUUGACGGUCUUCAUCGCUAUUUCUCUCUUCUCCUUGCUGACCCUCUACAAGAAAACGACAGAGAAAGAUGGAGUUACACGGAACCCAGUCAGAUGUGUACUGUGAACUUCAACACCUCAGGAAAUGAAACUUUAUUUUUUUUUUCAAUUCCAUGUAACUUUAACUCUGCGCUUUGUUCCAUGUAGUGCAGUAUGUACCGCUAUUUUUUCAUGUCCUACAUUAAAUAACAAGCAGUACAAUUCAAGUUUAUUGAUGACAUAUUGAACACAUGUAUAAGUAACUACAGAGAGAAAUAGAGAAUGAAAAGAACGCAACACCUGCACCGUUUUGUCAUUUAUGCUUUUAUUUUCCAGGCAACUAACUUUUUUUUUUCAACAUUAUUGGAAACAUUGGAAAAAAUAUGAAGGCAAAAGAAAUCAUAAUCAUUUUCAUGGCCCAUAGUUUUGUGUAUGACCUUUUUGUCAUAGCAUAACACGUGCCAGACCAACCAUUACGAAAUCAUAAAGAAAUUCUGAAACACAGAAAUACGUUAAGGUCAUACAAAAUAAAAAGUAAU